ACGAUAAUCUUUGCGAUUUUACUGUACAUUUCAAAGAAAACUCAAAACUUUCCACGUUCAUCCCAUGGCGGACCACAUUUCCGCUGAUUUUCUUGCUUUCCGGCAGCCGCAAAUGGCAAAGAAGUUUAACUUACAGGAAAAAAUUUACAAAAAAAAAGCCUCAAUCAUGGUGAUGAAUCCUUUAAGAAACUUCCCACAUGGCGCAAAGCCGAAAGCAACAUUCACUGCAGCUUUCAUCUUUUUGCUCUCGUUUCUGUCACCAAAAUCUGUUUCAGGAGAAGUUAGUGAUGAUGAUAAGAAUUUUUUCGAGAUGAAACUUGGUUCAAGCCCUCCAGCUUGUGCAAACAAGUGCUUUAAUUGCAGGCCUUGCAUGGCUACUCUUGUACUUAUUGAUGACAGUAAAAAGCCUCCAAGAGCAGCACUAAAUAAUAUUGAUCUUCAAGAUUAUAUUGAGAGUUAUUAUUAUGCUCAAGUGUGGAAAUGCAAAUGUGGAGAUAAGAUCUAUGACCCUUGAACACUAAAAUAAAUAUUAUUUCUACAAUUUGGGUA